AUGGCGGAUCCACGGUUGAAUCGCGUUGACGGUACCUUGACCUCUCUUUUCGAAAGUCUCGUGCCACCUUCGAAUCCCGACCAGGACGAUACAGACACUGAGAUUCGCAUUGAACGCGCCAUCGAGAAUGCAAAAGCUCUCGUCUACGAUGCUGACAACGGACUGCCACCUGACACCAAUCAAGCGCAGGAUCUCAUCAAGAGAAAAUUGUUACGCGAAAAUGCAUCCCCAGAGAAAGCUGCCCGGUUCAGCAAUCUGUACUCGCGACUCCUUGCAAUUCCGAUUCUGAACCAGAAAUGGGCAAUCCUAUACCUCCUCUACAAGCUGUCCGAGCCGACCAUCCCGGAGCCGCGCCCACGCGUUCCCUUAACAGGCUCAAAUCAAUUUGCCAACAUUCCACAGCGGGAGGACUUGCCUAGACGAAAAUCUUUUGCUUCUGAAGAUGGAGUAGAGGGAGAGACACACGAACGCGAGCCUGCGACUCCGCCGGGCCGCCGAUUUCCCCCUACAUUAAGACAAGAGCGGCAUGACCAGAAUACAUUCUUGCGACAUGGGAACAACAAGAAUGAAGCAAUUGUCCACUCUCCAGGUCAGGUGCCCGUCGAGCAAGUUCAAGAAAAGCAACAGCAAGUACUUGGUCCUACUGACUUGGAGCUGCUACGAGAUCUGCCGUUCAAUCUGCAGGGUGUCUCUUCGGCGCAUCUCGAGUUUACCUCUGCCACCACAAUCAAACUUCCUCCAACUUUACCUGUACCCAUUAUCUCAUUACUUUAUGCCCUUGCAGAGCCAUGCCUCCUAUACCGGGGUCUAUCUGAAUAUGCCGCAGCCCAAGAUGGCGGAUUAAUGGAUCAAAGCCUGCGUUCUGCCAUCCAAGACGAGUUGCGAUCAUAUCUCAGUCUAGUCGCCUCCCUGGAAAGCGAGAUCAGACAAGCCCUGGCUAGAGUUGAAAAUACUAAGGAUCGAAAAGCCGGUUGCGCAACCGGCGUCACCUUGAAACGAUGUUUGAUAUGGACCAGAGACGCUACAAUGGGUCUACGGCUCAUGAAACUGAUAGUGGAAGACUCGAGACAGCAGCGUGGUGGUCAGAUGAUUUCCCUCAUCCAUAAUUUGGCAUCCUCUCACGGCGACCCAUUUGUUGCCGCUUUCGCUGAAAGACUGCUUGCCCGGGUUGCACGCCCCUUCUAUGAGAUGCUGAGGCACUGGAUCUACGAUGGGGAAUUGAUCGACCCAUUUCAUGAAUUCUUCAUCACUGAACCUGACCCCAGCUCUCAACCCACCGUUGACCAUCGGCAUGUCGCGACAUCUGUAUGGGAGGAAAAAUACAAGGUCGACUCCAGUCUGAUUCCUUCCAUAGUCUCAGCCGAGUUUGCCCGGAAGGUCUUUCUGAUCGGCAAGUCGCUCAAUUUCAUCCGCCACAAUUGUGGCGACUCCGAUUGGGUUAUUCAAUAUUCCAAGACGAAUUCAAAGUCCUUAGACUACGCCAAUACGGCCAGCUUGUCGUCUUCAAUUGAUCUUGCCUACCGGACGACCAUGUCGCGGCUGACGCACCUUAUGUCGACAAAGUUUGGAUUGUUUACACACCUGGUGGCCAUCAAGAAAUACAUGCUUUUUGCGCAGGGGGAUUUCUUCGAACUGCUCAUCGAGUCGCUAGCUCAACAUCUCGAUCGUCCAGUCAAUUCUAUGUACCGCCACAACCUCACGUCACAGCUCGAACAUGCCAUUCGCCACUCCAACGCUCAGUAUGACGAUCCCGAGGUUCUGCGACGACUGGAUGCCCGGAUGCUCGAGCUGUCCACGGGUGAGAUUGGUUGGGACUGCUUCACAUUGGAAUACAAGAUUAGUGCACCUUGCGAUGUGGUGGUCACUCAAUGGGCCAACACGCAGUACCUCAAGAUCUUCAAUCUGCUCUGGAGGAUCAAGCGGGUAGAGUUCUCUCUCAACACGACUUGCAAACGCUGUAUGACAGGAGGUCGAGGUGUAUUGGCUGCGGUUGGCGAUAAGCUAGGCAACGAUUGGAAGCGUUCUAGCUGCGUGGUCGCAGAAAUGGUACACUUUGUCAACCAACUUCAAUACUACCUUCUAUUUGAAGUGAUCGAGGCUAGCUGGGAGAAGCUGCAAGCGGCCCUGGAUAAGCCGGAAGCCACUCUCGACGACCUGAUCGAAGCUCAUACUACCUAUCUCAACAAUAUCACCAAGAAAGGCCUCAUUGGCCAGCAAAAGCAUCCCGUUACCGGGCAGCAAGAGGACAGUCUGGUUGUCCAAGUGCAUCACAUCUUGAAGUGCAUGUUGAACUACCGUGAAGUCGUCGAUUCGUUGUACUCGUACAGCGUCGCCGAAUAUACUAGAAGGCAGCAAUUCAGCGCAAAGAUCGAGCGGCGGACCGCACAGGGGAAAUGGGGCAUCACGGAGAAAGAUCUCAUGGGGGAUUCUAGAGCAAGCACACCCACUUCUACGGCAGGAGGGAGACCAAUCAAGGCGUCACAGCUGCUACCGGAAGACAGUGACUCCCCUGCUCCGUCGAUGGCGAACCUUGGCAUCCCAGACGAUGAGGGUCACCUUAACUCGCUGAGGGCAAGGCAACUGGCCUUGUCUGCGGAAUUCCGGUCACGGCUGAGCAUGUUACUAUAUGAUCUAGGUCACCAACCGGACGUGAAUCUCCGCUUUUUGGGUGUCGUGAUGAACUUCAACGAGUUUUAUCAACCUGUCAAUGUUAGAAGGCAGCAAGCGAGACGGGCGAGGGAAAAGCGAGAAUUGGAGAGAAGAGCUCGUGAAGCUACGUCUUCCGAGGGUAAUGUCUCAGCAGAGAAAGAUCUGAACAGCUCAGUCAGCAAGACAUGA